GUCAACAAUCAAAAAAUUUGCGAGAAAGAAAAAAAUGUAAAAACUUAGUGAUAAACCACAGCAAAAAUAUCGUAAAUCGUAUUAAAUGACUUGGAAUUGACCAAGCGUGUGAUAAUGGGUGAAAAGAAUUCGAAACCAUCCUGCAUUACGUACGAAGAUAGCUUGAAACGAAUAUCACCAGCCGAGUUAGAGCGAUUAAAAGAGGCAUUCAAGCGAUCGUCCGGAAGUGGAAGUCAGACAUUGAGUAAAAGUGCCUUCAUCCAAGACGUGUUAUGUGAAAGUGUGCCAUCGAGUGUUGCGGACUGGCUUUUUGCGGCAUGUGGAGGCACCGCGAAAGGCAUCGCCUUCAAGGAGCUCGUGUGUGGCUUGGUGCUACUAACAAAGGGAACGCUAGAUGAGAAAAUUAAAUUCCUAUGGACACUUUAUUGCAACGAAUCCGGCACACACAUCAUCAAAUCGGAUUUUCAACGUCAACUUCAGACAGAGGCCACAUACCAAAGUAACAACAUUCUCACAACAACAACAACAACAACAAAUGGAUAUUCGACAAGCAACUCGCAACAAGCAAUAUUAUACAACAAAUACCAAGUCUCACUAUUCGGACAAAGUGAUCGCGUAACAUUUGAGCAAUUUAAAUCAUGGAUAACGAUACACAAGGACGCCACAAUUCUCUCAAAAUGGCUCUUAGUGGAGACGUGUGUGCAACUGACAUCCGAUCAGGAUACGCCAACGUUCUACCAAAGUCUAGCAGGGGUCACGCAUCUCGAGGAAGAAGAUAUCGAGGAUCUGGAGAAGAUGUUUUGGAACCUCAAGGGCUCCGCGAUGACGGGACAACUUGAUAUGGAGUCACUUGGGCCAUUGAUAAGUCCGCCAGUGCCGAAAUCCGCAUUAACUGGCGUCUUUUUGGCGUUUGAUGAGAACCGCGAUGGACACAUUGACUUUAAGGAGUUGUGUUGCGGCGUGAGUGCCGCAUGCCGGGGACCAACUGUGGAAAGAAUGAAGUUUUGCUUCAAAGUUUUCGACACGGAUCGCGAUGGGGUGCUAAGUUUCACGGAAGUGGAACAAAUGAUCGAGACACUGAUGUCCGUGGCGAAGGAAAUUGGAAAUGGUGCUUUUAAACAUUUGAAUCGGGAUCAAGUUCUGCGCGAACUGCACAUGAGACGCGUGACAAAAGUGAACAGCAGUGAAGGCGGAGAGGAAAUAACAGAAAUUCCUGAAUUUAAAUUGACACAAGAAGACUUUUUGAUGUGGAGUGUCGAGAGUGCGCUAAAUUUGGUGCAGCCAUUUCUCGAUUUGCUCUUCGAAGUGUGCCAUAUUGUGUUGGGACUGAAGCCGCAAUGCAAGCAUUUAGAACACGAAAUCGUUCGUGGGUGGUUAACGCGCGAAAUUAAACGCGGGCUAAAAGUCGGUCAAUUUUGGUAUCUCAUUUCCGGUGAUUGGUGGCAAAAUUGGCUUCAAUGGACGCAACAAAAUGGCACCUCAAGUUGCAUGCAUUGCAAGAGUCUGCCCAAAAAUGUCGACGAAGCGAUGAUUUGUGAUGAAAGUUUCACAUCAAAUUCCACGGAAAGCAUGGGAGACCUUCUAAACACGGCAGAUUCAUCAAGUCUUGGUUCUGGAAGCAGCGGAAUUUCAAUUGGAAAACAAAUAAACGGCCCUCCCGGACAGAUUGACAACAAUAAUUUAGUUUCACCAUCAAUUUAUAAGACCGCAAAAACCCUCACCGGCGAAGGAGGUCGCUUAAAAAAGGACAUGCCUCUUGUAGAACACCGGGAUUUUGAGUUGCUCCCGGAAUCGUUGUGGAAAUAUUUGUAUCUAAAGUACGGCGGGAACUUGCCAUUGCCACGCCAAGUCAUUCAACCGCCAGAUUCUAAUCAACUUGAACUGGAAUUGUAUCCUUUGAACUUGCGUAUCUUGCGACAUCAUCAACCGAACCAGCAGCAACAAAAUAACGCGACAUCAGCGGCGCCAUUUUAUUCUGCGAUUUCGGGCGGUUAUGGGGCUCUUGCUUCAACAAAUUAUUCGUCAUUUUCGUCAGUGUCAUCAGCUUUGCAGCCACCCAAGAAAUAUCUGGCCUACACAGCCGCUUUCAGUAAACUUUCGACCGUCAAGCAAGUCGGCGAAUUCUUAUGUCAAAACUUAAAAUUGAAACAGGAGGAUAUCCGGUUGUGGCAUGUGUCCAAUGGCCUUACCACAGAUGCCGUUUUUAACUUGUUAGAAGAAGAGCAUUUGUCACUUAUUGAUUUGGACAUCAAGGACAACGACGAAAUCUUGCUCGAAGUGCGAAACAAAGACUUGACAUGGCCCGAAGAACUUGGCUCCCUAACGCAGUCGUCGUUCCUCAACAAUCAAGAGCGUCGUAACACAGUUGGAUCCAUUGUUUCCACCUCGACACACGCUCCCGGAGCCACAGGUUUACACAAUCUCGGCAACACAUGUUUCAUGAAUGCCGCGUUGCAAGUGCUGUUCAACACGCAACCACUUACGCAAUAUUUCCGCCAAAAUAUGCACAUGUUUGAAGUGAAUACGACCAACAAGCUCGGCACAAAGGGACAACUCGUGAUGCGAUAUGCGGAAUUGCUCAAAGAAGUGUGGACAGCCUCGUCGCGAUCAGUGGCGCCAUUGAAGCUGCGAUUUUGUGUCACGAAAAAUGCUCAACAGUUCUCGGGUGGCGGGCAGCACGACUCGCAGGAACUGCUUGCUUGGUUGCUCGACGCUUUGCACGAAGACUUAAAUCGCGUAACGGAAAAGCCUUACACGGAACUCAAAGAUUCCGAUGGCAGAGCAGAUGCUCUUGUGGCGGCCGAGGCGUGGAAUCAGCAUCAUGCGCGAAAUCAAAGUAUCAUUGUUGACCUGUUUUAUGGGCAAUUGAAGUCGAAAGUGAGUUGCUUGACAUGCGGCAACGAAUCUGUUCGUUUCGAUCCUUUCAGUUUGUUAAGUUUACCGUUACCUGUUGAAAAUUAUGUUUAUUGUGAAGUUUUAGUUAUAUUCCUUAAUGGUUCCGUUCCCAUCAAAUACGGCUUAAGAUUAAAUUCCGAGUCCCGCUACUGGGACUUGAAAAAACAUCUAUCGACACUCUGCAACUUGGAGCCCGAGAAAAUGCUGGUGUGCGAAUUAGCAAAUGCCCAAAUCAAGUGUGUGUUGCCGAAUGACCUGAAGAUAAAAAUCAGUACGGCUUUCGAGUUGACGUGCUACGAAGUCCCGACCCUGGAAGAGAUUGCACGUGCGCGAGAGGACACCGCUGACAUCGCCACCAACAUCGAGCAAGGCCUCAAAGACAUCCAACGAAACCAAGAACAAAAUCAGAUGUCGUUGUCAUCAGUUGCGUCGUCAAUGGUCUCGAUUUCGUCGUCGGAGGAGCAUGGAAGCGGCAAUGGGUCUAGUAAUAAGAAAAAUCGUAGCGGAAGUGCUGCAAGUGAUAUUGAAAGAUGUGAAUGUUACAGUAAGAAAAGAAGACCGGCGAAGGUAAGACGCUGCUUUGGAAAUGUCUUGUGCAUGCCCCCGAAUUUAUUGUGUUUCAAGAAAAACGAGCAAAACAUCAACGACACCGCAACUUUCAAAUUCACCAAAAUCGAGGACUCGGAUUCGCCACCUAAAACUGUCUCCACACUGAAUUUACUGAACAACAGCAAUAAUGAUGCCGUUUCUCUCGCGAGUGUCAACAUCGACCAAUCGUCAAAUUCGCGUGAGGAUCGUUGCGUCACGUGUGGUCGUGUAAUUUUAUCCGACGACGAUGCAGAUUGCGAGCGGAAAAUCAGCGAAACGGACAGCGAGCCUGCCUCAAUGCAGGACAACUCGAAACUUAAGACGACAAGUUACCUCAUGGCAGUGCACCGGAACCUCUGUCGACAAGAUACGUAUUUUCUGUCGCAUCACAAGACGCGACCCGGACUCUUUGGUGUGCCAUUGCUAAUUCCGUGCUACGAGGGCGUGACAAACAAAGAGCUUUAUUGCAGCGUUUGGACACAAGUGUCGCGAUUACUGAGCAAAUUACCACCAACGCCGCCAGAUCAGGCGAAUCAUGCAACCGAUUGUGAUGAUAGUUUAGGAUAUGAUUUUCCGUUUACGUUGAAGGCUGUUGCGGAGGGCGGGCGCGUGUGUUGUUUGUGUCCCUGGAGUAAAUUUUGUCGCGGAUGUGAGAUUCCGUGCAACGAUGAACCGUUGUUGGAGGGAUUUCUUCUGAAAAAUGUGACACCUGAAAUUACAGGAUCUCGUGAACCAACACCUAAUUUGGGAAAUCGAACGUCAAGUCGUGCAUCUCAAAGAUCCGCUGGAAAGAACAAUCUAAGCAGUUUAAUCAAUCUGAAUAACAUCAAUUUGGCAAUUGAUUGGGAUCCUACGGCGCUUCAUUUGAGAUAUCAAAGCAAUCGAGAAAGGAUAUGGGAAGAACACAGUUCCAUUGCAAUUUGUCGAAAACAACAAACUGACCCGAUAGAUUUGGAUUACUGUCUGAGGGCAUUCACAUCUGAAGAACAACUGGAACAAUGGUAUCACUGUUCGCAUUGCAAGGGAAAACAACCAGCUACCAAAAAGUUGCAAAUUUGGAAGUUACCGCCGAUUCUUAUUGUUCAUCUAAAGCGCUUCAACUACGUUCACAACAAAUGGGUCAAAUCACAAAAAGUCGUCAAUUUCCCCUUUCAAAACUUCGAUCCAACCCCAUAUCUGGCCUCUGUACCUCAAGAAACGAUUUUGCGGCAUCGCGAAUUACUGGAACAAGAAGCUCUGGAAUCAAAGAACCUGUGUAACGUCGAUUGUACCGAAGAAAUUAACGAAUUUGACCGGGAAUCGGAAAUUGCGUCGCAUAUCGAUGCAUUAACGGAAAACGACAACGCAAGUGCGUCAAAUGCCAUCGACACGAAUGACAGUAGUGAGUUGCUGAAAGACGUGGUGGAGCCGCAAAUGGCCGAGGUGCUAAAAGAAAGCAAAACUAAGAGGAAUUCCGUGCUUGCAAGUAGUCGAAAAAGUAUCACAAAACCGCUGGGACGCCGAAAAAGACUUGUUUCGACGAGUCUUACGAAAACACCCGUGUUUGAUGACGAACUGAAAGAUUAUCACAAUCACAACUUGAAGGAGGACGAAGAUCCGUUCGACUUGAAGUACAACUUGUAUGCCGUUGUCUCGCAUUCGGGACUCCUCAAUGGCGGACACUACGUGGCAUAUGCCGCCAAUCCAAAUAGUUCCUGGUAUUGCUACAACGACAGCUCUUGCCGCGAAAUUAAUUCACAACAACCACCUAAUAUCGAUCCCAGUACGGCAUAUUUGCUGUUUUACGAACGCAAGGGACUCGAUUACGUGCCGUAUCUACCGAAAAUUGACGGUAACCAAAUUCCAAAUGUGCUCGAGCAGGAAGACGCUGACAGUGAUUUGAGGAAAAUGUGUGUCAUUGCCUAAGGAAAAAAUAAUUUCUAAUAUUUUUUUUACUUCAAACAAAAAAAAUCACUAUUGUUUUGUUAUGUUAGACAUUUUUGCUAAUCAAUCAUGAAUUAGUUGCUAUAUGUAUAUGAGAAAAUCUAUAUUUAGAAGAGAGAAUCAAAUUAAUUCGUAAGCAGAGAGUAUUGUUUAUUAGCUUUAAUUGUUAUUUAAUUCAUCAAUCCAUUUUAAUUAAGAACAAAAUGCCAGUAAAGCACACAGUUAUUGAUGAUAUUAGAUAGUCACUUGCAAAAAAAUUUAAAUGAAAAUUGGCAAAAGUCUGAGCAAAAAUUUAAAAAAGUGCAAUUUUUAGCAGUUUGUAGUCAUUUGGAGCUUUUACUAUUAAAUAUUUCAAUGAAAAUAUGCAAAAAAGAGACCAUUCCAUAAAAAUUUAAAAUUAAUUUUUGUACUUUUUCGUUCAAAAUUAUGUCGUCAGUCAA